AUGCGUGCUUCCAUUCUCCCUACUCUCACCGCUAUGGCCGUGUCUACCGAAGCAGCAAAAGCCUAUAUUCCAUACGUCUGGAACACCACCGCCCCCACCAUCCACGACCAAGCAGUCCAGGCCAAAAACGGCUUCUUCACCAUCGGCGGCACCGCAGACGGCAUCUGCCCGUCCUACAACCCCAACUGCUCAUCCGCAAACAAGACCAUCAUAACAGGUCCAGUAUCUGGCAAAUACACCGGCAACAAAACCGAAGACUUCUGGCUCGGCAUCACAGACUCCAAGGGACAGCAAAUCUACGUCUAUGAUCAGACAUUGAAGUACACCCUGCCUCGUACAGAUGUGGUUUCUGGUCCUGAGGAAGAAGCUAUCAAUGGCCCUUUCAGUGUCGACUUUGAUGACCUUGCUCAAGCUACUGUGCUUAGAUUCCAGGGUAACGACUGGGCGGCCUGCGCAAGCUAUGAUAUCAGGAACGGCAUUUCGACUAUCGUGCAGCCAUUGGUUUAUGGAGGUUCGCUGUGGGAGAAUGCGUAUGGAUGGGAAUGCACGACGUUCAAGAUGGUGUUGGAGGAGACGGAUGCAGAUGCUGUGGAUCACUAUAGAAGAGAUUGUCCCUUCAAGUGGUUGAACUGCUGCCCGGAGCUUUGCAUGGGUCAGAGUUGGGCGAUUGUUGAUGCGGAUGGUACUUGUCUUGCACAGUAA